AUGCCACAGUUCGGAGACCACUACGCGCUGCCUGAUCCACCCAAAGCCAUCACCACGGGCUCUGGGGGCGCCCCCAACAUUCCUUACUCGCGCAGCGAGGAGCGACAGGUGUCUGAUCUGCUCAAACACAACCUGGGCCCCGAAUUUGUCUCCAAACGGCCCAGUCCGGGAGGUCGAAGCGUGCACUACUUGGAGGGCUGGAAGGUGUUCAAUCUGGCCAACGAGAUCUUCGGCUUCAACGGUUGGCGGUCGCAGAUCAUCAAGCUGGAGGUCGACUACUGCGACCAGAACCCCGACACAAAGCGAUGGGACGUGGGCGUCUAUGCUAUUGUUCGUGUCCAUCUCAAGGACGGCACCUAUCGGGAAGACACGGGGUCCGGCAAUGUCGAGAACUGCCCCAAGCGAGACAUGGCGCUCAACAAGUCGCGCAAGGAGGCUGUGACGGAUGCAUUUAAGCGAGCCAUGCGUCAGUUUGGCCCCUCUCUGGGCAACUGUCUGUACGACUCGGAAUACCUGAGCAAGCUCAAGACGGUGCGAUCUGCCAAGUACACGUUUGAUGAGAAUAAUCUGAUUCGAAAGCCAGAAUUUGUCAUCAAGCGUGAUAUCAAGCAGGAGCAGGCCACUGCUGCCAACAUUACUGCAUCUACAUCCACAUCCACCACCUCGCAUAAUCAGGAUCCUCCUGCUCCAGCCCCUGCCCCUGCCCCUCCUGCGCCUUCCGUCAGCCUCCACGGUCAUUCAAACACAUCCAGCAACCGCAGCAAGGCCGUGUCCAUAGAGGCCAUGUGCGAGGGCAUCGACUACUCAUUUGACGACGACGAUCUCGACCUCGACUCCCUAGUGCCCCAGCUCAAGGCCGGACGCAACCCUUCGCCCUCCAUCUCCGCUGAGGACUUUGACGAAGACCUGCCCAUUUCGGCUGAGGCAAUGGAGGAGGACGGAUCGCCUAUCCCCGUGGGCUUCUUCAAGGCCAGCGUUGCGGCAGAUAUCAACAAGGGCAGUCCCAUUUCACAGAAUGCCGCGUUUGACAUCAACAUCCAAAGUCCUUCCAUUAAGCGCACCUUGGAGCAUAAUAGGAGUGUGCCUAUUGCCAAACCACGUCCUCCCAUGCACCCCAAGUCCACCAACAUUCCCCCCAGCCCAUUGUCCAAGCCGUUAGUGAAUCCUGUGAAGCCCGAGUUUACCACCCCUGUUGCCAAAAAGCACAAAAUUAACGAAAAUGAUGAAUAG